AUGUUCGAGUCACGUGUCCCAAUGCUUCGGCGCACCCGCCAAUUCACCUCACCUGAGGAAUCCGUAGGAGAACUCAUGACCCGAUACUGCUGCCUCAAGUAUCCCCCAUGGCAAAAAGAUGACCUAUGCUGGGAGGUCCGAGGCGAGGCCUUGAAGGCCUAUAACAGCUUCAGCCGCCUGGUAUGGAAGAAACUUGAGAACGAAUGCACUGAACGACCUGAUCGCUCGGGUCUCAUCAUCAGUGUGUACAUGAUUGGCUACUCUCCAUCUACAGCCGUCCCUGUUUUUGUGUUUGUAAGCAAAAACAGAAACGCAGCCAAGGAAGCGCAGAAAAUUGUAAAGAAGAGUGGAAUCUUGAAGCGGUAUCCGGGCUUCGAGACUGCGAUUAUGGAUCUCUUGCCUACUGGGAGUUUGGUCCUAGUUGCUCAGGGACCCAAGAAACAAAAUCAAGAUAGUCUGUCCGUUCCGGGUCGGCGCGAGGUGUAUUAUGAUCCCAGAUUCGAGGUUCAGUUGAUAGGAAUGGCACUGUAUGUAAAAGACAACGAUGGGACGUUUCAGAAGGCCACUGGCAACGCAGUGGUCAGCGAACAGGGACUUGGGUACUUUACAGCUGCACACGUCUUCCAAGCACAAGAUGUGGCGACGGAGCCUGUUAUCGGAUGGGGCGAAGACAUCAGCGUCGACGAUGACUCGGACGCUGACGAGUUUGAUGAGGAAGACCUCGAACUCCUAUCACGAUACAGCCAAAGCUCGCAGGAGUCAUUAUCUCCCGAUCUAUCCCAAAGCACAACCCUCUCCGACUCAUCCCUCCCAUCCCCAUCCUCAGAAACAGUCGACGCCCCAUCCUUACUCCCUACCCCCGCCUCUUCCUCCGCACACCCAGAACCCUACGUGAACCGCACCAUGCGCCUCGACGACAUCGACCUCCACCACCUCGGCCACUGGACCCCCACUGCCCCCACUUCAACCCUCAACCAAGACUGGACCUUAAUAACCAUAACAAACGCCACCGUUCUCUCCUCGCUCUCCAACCCCCUCACCCAGCCUCCCCCUAAACCCCUUCUUCCCCCUUCAACCCCGCAUCCGCCUCACAAAGCCAAAGUCGUAAUCCACACAACAUGGGGCCGUCUCCGCGCUUCGCUCUUAGAAACACCUAUGCUGUUGCGGCUGCCUGGGAGCAGUAAAGUGGCAGAGGUGUUGCGGUUUGAGUAUAAGGGCAGUCUGGGCGUUGCGGACUGCGGGUCGUUGGUCGUUAGGGAGGCGAAUGGGGAGGUGUAUGGGCAUGUUGUUGCAGGGGCGGCGGAGGGAAGGGUGGGUUAUAUGGUUUCUUUUGUGGGAACGAUGGGGGAGAUGGAAGGGGCGGGGUGGAGGAUUGUUGGGUUGGUGGAGUAG